UCACCUUUUAGGACAGUAAAAAUGCUUGGAUUUUCUCCAACAGUAUUUUUUCUGGAAAGUGAAUUAGUUGGUACUUUAGAAGUCAAAAGGGUCAUUUCCUAGUAGUUUUCAAAAACGCAGUGAAAAACAAAAAAAAAAAAAAAAUUAAGGAAAAACGGAAUUAUUGUAGUUAUAAAUAAUUUGACAUCUGUUGUCUAUGUUAUAUUUACUUAAUAGUAAUCAACAGUCGUUCUUCAACAGAGAUUGGAUCUUGAAACUUUGUGUACUUUCUUUGACAAAGUGGUGUUAUAUGUUGAGCAAUGUAGUCAAUUGUGUCUGUAGUCAUUCUAGUGUAUGCACGAAACAUUAUUUUAUCUGCUCGUAAUUGUGGAUACAGUUGAUGGAAUUUUCCAAAUAUAAAUCUAUAUAAAUCACAUUUGGAGAAGAUCUCUUAGAUUUUUUCUUCAUUUUAAGUAAUUUAUACUUCAGAUAAACAUUUUCUAUAAAGAGUAAGCUUCGUUGAUCUUGAAUUAACGUCAUAAUAAAUUACAGUUAUUUUCACAAACAUAAAUCUGAAUACUAAUUAACUUGACACGUUGAUAACACUAUACGUCUUCUCAACACAAUAUUGUAGUUGCAACUACAAAUUAUAUAAGUACAAAUCGUAUGCGUUCUCUCGCAUAUUUGAAUGCGUCAAUUUUGCCGUGCUUGCGGGAAAUAGAAUUCAGUGCGAUGCGGUCAAAUAUCGCACCGUCAACUCGCAUUGCGUGCACGCACCAGCUAGGACAUAGCGUAAUGCGUUUAAAAGAUAAAUCAGAUUAAAAUAGUUUUCAGUUCAGCGACCUGGACAAUCUUUGAAUACGCUAAAUCUAUUAUAUUAUUAAAUAUAUUAUAUCUAUUAUAUCUUUAAUCGUAGUUGUUUAUCAAUGUUUUCGACGUUAUCGAAGGCCACAAGAUAACAAGAUAUCGUAUCAACCGGCAGGUACAGAUAAACUGUGAUAACUCUAGUGUGUGAUUGUUUAUGUUUUUUGCUGUUGCUUCCUAACUUUCGUGGAGCGUACUUUUCGAACGAUUUACUGAGAUUUAUGUAUUUUUCCAUCUGCCGCAAAUACGUCUCCUACUACCACAGUCUUCGAUGAUCUUCUCGAAUGUCACUCAGACGUUUCAAUGGCAGAAACUCUGCAAGAACGGCAGUUUAACGAAUUAGAAGCGUUGAAAGCGAUAUUCAAUGAUCAGCUGAAGGAUAAUAAUGAGGAUAAAUGCUAUGGUACGGAUAAUUGGAAACCAUUGGAUGUGACUAUCACAGUUUUGCCUGAAGGAUUUACAAACUUGCAACAAAAUAAUAUUUUAAUUGACCUACAUGUCCAGGCGUCAAAAGACUACCCCAACGAGAUACCUUUAGUUAUGCUUAAAAAUGCCAAUGGUAUACCAGCAAAUUAUUUAAUGCAUUUAGAAAAACAAUUAAAUGAACUAGCUUCUAAAAUAGUUGGUGAAGUUAUGAUAUUUGAGUUUGUUCAAGUUGUUCAGAAUUUUCUUUCUCUUUGUAAUAAACCUCAGUAUGCAUCGUUUUAUGAAGAAAUGAUGUCAAGAAAACAACGAAAACAAUUAGAAGAAAUGGAAAUCAAAAAGCAAGAAGUUGAAUUAACUAAACAAUUAAUACAUAAUGAAAUGUCUAAAAAACGAGAAGCUCUCAAAGAAGAACUGCGAAUGCGUAAAAAUAAAACACGAAAAAAUACCAUUGAAAAUUUUAUUGAAGAAGAUGAAGAAGAGUUUGAUUUAAAAAAACUUGAGAGGUCACUAAGUAUCAAUUCACCACAGAAAUUAAAUAUUCAACCAAAAGAUCAAAUAGAUGAAAGCAAUUGGACUGAUGAUCAAAAUGUGUUUGAAUAUAGUUUUUCAUCAGCUAGAUCUAGACUAGAUAAAGAAUUUGUUAUUUUAGAUUGGCUUGGUAAAGGUGCUUUUGGAGAUGUCCUUAAGGUAAAAAAUAAACUAGAUGACUGUCUUUAUGCAAUUAAGUGUAUUGAAUUAAACAAGAAAAAUAAAAACCUUAAUAAAAAAAUCACCAGAGAAGUGAAAUUGCUCUCCCGUUUAAAUCAUGAAAAUGUUGUAAGAUACUUUAAUUCAUGGAUCGAAGCCGCUAAAAUCAGCCAUGAAGGGACACCUCAAAAAAAUAAAAAAAAUAAAACAUCUGAUGUAUGGCCUUUAAAAAACAUCAGUUGUGGUUGGACAUUAUCAAAUCUAGCUGAAGAAAUUAACAGUGAUAGUAGUUCUGAAGAAGAUGAUGAUUGGAUAACGUUUAUCCAUCAAUCUGAUUCAGGGCAAAAAACUUCAGAUUCCUCUGUUAAAAAUACUACUUGUGAUAACUUAAGUCAAGAAUCAAUAGAUGAAAAUGAUGAUGUAUGUGAUAAAGUUGAUCAGUUUAUGUAUAUUCAAAUGGAAUUCUGUGAAAAAAGCACACUUCGCAAUGCAGUUGACAAUGGUCUGUACAAAGAACCAAAACGAGUAUGGCGAUUACUAAGAGAAAUUGUUGAAGGCCUUUCAUAUAUUCAUCAACAAGGAAUAAUUCAUAGAGAUUUAAAGCCUGUUAAUAUUUUCAUUGAUUCUGAGGAUCAUGUUAAAAUAGGAGAUUUUGGUCUAGCUACCACUAUUAUUCAAAGACAUAUCCCUGAUAUGGAUUCAGUGAAUACUCAAGAUAUUUUUGUUGACACUUCUCAAACUGGUAAUAUUGGAACAGCGUUAUAUGUUGCACCUGAACUUAAUAUUUUUGGACCAAAAGCAUUGUAUAAUGAAAAAGUUGAUAUUUAUAGUUUGGGUAUAAUUUUUUUUGAAAUGUGUCACAAACCGUUUUCAACAGACAUGGAAAGAAUAAAAGUAUUAUCAGAUUUGAGAAUGUAUGAAUGCAUUUUACCAACAGAAUAUCUGAAAUCUGCUGAUCCUGCUCAAAAACAUAUUAUUAAAUGGUUUUUAAACCACGAUCCAUGUAAACGUCCAAAUUCAACAGAUAUAUUACAAAGCCAAUACAUACCACCACCUCAAUUGAAAGAUACAGAGUUACAUGAAAUGGUUAGAAAUACUCUUUCAAAUUCCAAAAGCAAAAAUUACAAGCAUCUUAUUGCUUCAUGUUUUAAUCAAAAAGUUUCCACUGUUGAAGACAUAACAUUUACUAUGACAACGGGGAAAAAUGUGCUUUAUCAUGGUCGAUUAGAUAAGAUAAUAGAAAUAGUAAAAGAAGUAUUCCAGCUUCACGGAGGAGUUUGGUUGUGCACUCCUUUAUUAAUGCCAGCAUUAAAUUCUGUGAUAAAUGAAAAUACAGUUACAAUGAUGGCUCGUUGGGGUGGACUAACAUGUAUACCUCAUAAUCUUAGAAUUUCAUUUGCUAGGUUCUUGGCUCAUAAUCCCACAAUUUCCAAUUUAAAACGGUAUUCGAUCGAUAGAGUUUACAGACAAAGAAGAGUCUAUGGAGUUCAUCCCCGUGAACUUUAUGAGGCAGCAUUUGAUAUUGUUAGUUCUUCUAAAGGAAAUCUGAUAGCAGAAGCAGAAUUAUUGUCAAUAGCGUCAGAAAUUUUUCAAAAACUUAAAAAUUUCAAUCAUAACAACUGUAUAAUUCGUUUAAACCAUAUGUCACUAGUUCAAGGAAUAUUAAUGUAUUCUGGAAUAGAAAAGGCGCGUCAUUUAGAAAUAUGCAGAUAUUUUGCAAGAUUUAAACAAAAGGAUUUGACGCAGGAACAAAUUGAAGAAUUGGAACUUUUAGGGUUUGCGAAUCAUCAAAUAAAUAUAGCCAUGAACUUUUUUUCAAUGGAACAUUCAUUUACUGAUAUGGUUGAAGUAUGUCGUAAAAUAACGGUGCGCAAAUCAAAAUGUGGUAUUUUCUCUCGAGAAGGCUUACGUCAUAUAGAAACUGUCAUCAAACACAUAGAAUCAUUAAAUGUGAAAUUUACAGUCGUUAUUGCACCGGGAUUAAUGAAUAUUUUGCAAUUUUAUUCUGGAUUUUUAUUUGAGAUAGUUUAUUAUAACAAAAGCAAGAAGAAUGUUGCAGAAUAUGAUGUAUUAGCAGCUGGUGGUUGCUAUGAUAAGCUAAUUUCUUCAUUUAGAAGAAAUUUAGAUGUGAACAAUGAUAUAAAGCAAACAGCACUUGGUAUAAGUCUCUCACUGGAUAAACUUGCUGCAUUAUUUCCUACUGAAUCAUCAGAAAUAGAUGUAAUACUGUGUUCAGCAUGUAGUAAUAGUAUAAUGACCGAAGAAAAAUUAAAUAUUGCCAGAGAUUUAUGGAAAAUGGGAAUUAAAACACUGGUUUUAGAUGUAGAACAAACAUUGGAACAAAUUCAAGAUUAUUGUCAGGAAUUAUAUGUUACUAAUAUUGUUAUGUUAAAAGAGACCAAAUCAGUGAUAUUAAGACGUUUAAUGGAAGAUAAAUUUCAGGAUAAGGUAAUGAGUGUAACUGAAUUUUUGGAAUUGAUGCGUCGUAAAAAUAGAGAAAAUAGCCUGACAAAUAUAAUACCUCAAAUUAAUAAUUCUGUCAAAAAUGAUACACGAUCUACUAGUGAAAAUCAAUAUAUAAAUAUAGUAUUUAUCAUAGAAGAGAAAUUGGUAACAACGGUCAAACGGCGUUAUGAGAGUCAGAUUUCAAAUGCUGUUUCGAAAACACUUCAAAAAUUAUCACCAAAAGUACGCGUUGAAAUACUAGCACUUAAUGUUGAUGCUGAACUUGUCAAAGCAUUAGGAUCAUUAAUUGAUUUUUCAACUAUUGAAAGUGAUAUUUCUAUUUUAAUAAAAAGAUUUUCUCAUCAUAAGAAAGAUUUAAAUAAAGUAUAUAAUUAUAUCAUUGAUACAAAACAUAAAAACACUGAUACUGUUUUUGUAUUUUAUACAUUAAGAGGAAACUUAUUUAAAUUAAUGAUUUGUUAA